AUGGUCUCCAAAUUUGUUUUCCUUGUGGCAGCUCUCUCUGUGUUUGCCCAUGCCCUUCCAUCGCCCCAAGCCUCUGCCCCCUCGCCGCCAGUCAGCAAGGAUCCCAUCAUGAACGCUGAGUUGCAAGCAGCCGAGAAGGAAGUUGCAUUCUUGCAAAAGCACUUCACCAUUAAUAAGGAUAAACCACCGUACGGCGAUUCCAAUGAACGCACAGCGGACUGCCAGGCAUUUGCACUUAGAUGCCCUACAAUGCGCCUUUACGACCGAGAUACUCUUUUGACGAUGGAGACUGUGACAGUCAGCUAUACCACUAACGUCGAUGCGAGAACAUUCAACCCAAGAGCUGAUGCUACGACCACUGUGUCAGCUUCAAAGUCAGACGCGAUAUCAGUGGCACGUACAGAGGGUUGGUCUAUAGGUGCUACCAUCUCCGCAGCCUACGCCCCUUCAAAAGGCGAAGGGGGUGUAAGCCUCUCAUUCCAAUACCAGCAGAGCACAACCACGCAACACACAUCCACCAAAUUGAACACAAUUUCCGCACCCUGCCCGCCAAGAACCAUGUGCACGAUUGAGACCAGGGCCUUCUUUGCAAAAAUCAAAGGGAAAUGCCAUCGUAAGCCCAGGAUGAAGUGCGCAGGUGAUAGAGAUGUGUGCUCGCGCAACGACGAAUUCCCUCUUUCAGUUCCUAAAUGGGGGCAUUGCCGGGAGGCAAGCAGGCUAGUAGAUAGAUUCUGCGAAAGACGCGUCGAAGUUCCCUGUGAAGUAACUGUUCCGAUUUUCGAAAAUGAUGGCAAGACACCUCGUUCAACCGUCAUCCCGUUAACUUACCGAUUCAUGGACUAA